AUGAAAUACUUCGGUCUGGCAGCUUUGGCGGGAGCGCUCGGAACGGCUGUGGCAUUGGCUCUUCCCAGUGGAUAUGCCGUCAAACCUGGUCCCGCUGUGGAGUACACCUAUCCGGCUAAGAUGCCUGCGGUGAAGUGUGGCCACCAGUUGCUGGUCGGUUGCAAUGCACAGCACAGUGUCAUCCCAUGCAAUGCUCAUGCAGCGGCUCCUGCACCAGCACCUCAUUACCCUGCUCCGGCUCCGGCUCCGGCGGCUCAUUAUAAGGCAGCUUCGGCUUCACACCCAGAAGGUUCCGUUGAACCGAUUGUUGCUGGCAAGCACAAACAUAAGAAGCAUAAGCAUCACAAACAUCACAAGCAUCACCACCACAAGCACCACAAUAAAUUCCAUCACCAUCAUCACCACCAUCACCAUCACCAUGGCCAUCGCCAUUGA